UGAAAGCAAAGGCAGAAGGCUGAAGAACCAAGGUGAGUGCCAGCUUAUCUUGCCCUCCUAGUGAGUCGGAGGAAUUAGUCCCACCUGCACAUCAUGGUUCUGAAUACCUUCUCCGUGGGGCUACCACAUCUAUACGCUCUCCUGCUGUGUCUGCCCACCCCGGGCCAGAGCAUCGUGGCUCCUGUGGUCCCCGAUGUCCCCUUUGCUGCCAUCUGGAAUGUUGGCACCAAUUUCUGCCAGAAAAAAUUUCAAAUCAACAUUGAUCUGGAAACCUUUGAUAUCGUGGCCAACCCGGGCCAGGCCUUCAAGGGGCCAAACAUGACCAUCUUCUACAGCAGUCAGCUGGGCCUUUACCCUUCCUACACAUCUGACGGUCAGCCUGUUAAUGGAGGCCUGCCACAGAAUGCCAGCCUCAAUGCUCACCUGGCCAGGGCUCGCCAGGAUAUCUUGGCCUCUAUGCCCACACUAGGUUUCCGGGGUCUGGCAGUCAUCGACUGGGAGUCCUGGCGCCCGGUGUGGGCUCGCAAUGGGGGAUCCAAGAACAUUUACCGGGAACGCUCUCGGGAAAUGGUCAGGGCUCAGCACCCGGACUGGUAUUCUUGGUGGGUGGAGAGGAAAGCCAUAGAGCAGUAUGAGGGGGCUGCCAAAGCCUUCAUGCUGGACACCUUGAAGUUGGGAGUGUCCUUGAGGCCCCAGGGGCUCUGGGGCUAUUACGAUUUUCCAGACUGCUACAAUUACAACUUCCAGAGCCCCAACUACACAGGCCAGUGUUUACCUGGAAUUGAGGACCAGAAUGACGGCCUUCAGUGGAUGUGGGAGGAAAGCCAUGCCCUCUAUCCCAGCAUCUACCUGUCCCCAAAGCUGGCAGGCAACGGGCAUAGCCUGCUUUAUGUCCGCUCGAGAGUCCGAGAGGCCUUCCGGGUAGCAGGUAGAACCAGGAGUUCUCACCGACACAUCCUGCCUUACGCUCAGAUAUUUUAUGAGAACACAGAUCGCUUUCUGUCUUUGGAGGACCUGGAGAGCAGCAUUGGAGAGAGUGCAGCCCAGGGAACAGAUGGAAUCGUGCUGUGGAUCGGCUGGUCGAACUACAACAGCAAAAAAUCGUGCCAGGCUAUCAAGGAUUACAUGGACACCACCUUGGGCCCUUUCCUCCUGAAUGUGACUAGCAGUGCCCACCUCUGUAGCCAGGCUCUGUGCUCAGGACAUGGGCGCUGUAGCCGCCGCCCAGAUCACCCCCAAGCCUUCCUCUUCCUCAACCCCUCCAGCUUCUCUCUCCGGCACCAGCCAACCAGUGGGCGUCUGGGAGUAGAGGGCAUCUUGACACAUGACGCCAGAGCCAGGAUGGCCAGUGAGUUUGAAUGCCGAUGCUACACAGGCUGGAAUGGAGAACAAUGUGAACUCCAGGAUGACUCUCCCUCUCCUUAAUGUAGAAACUAACAUCAGCAGGAGAAAAGGUAUUUAAGAAGUUGGGGUUCCUCCAUUCAUUGCUGGAGGAUGGCGGCUGGUGGCUGCAUGAUGGACGCUGGAUUCUUUGAGAUGACAGUCUCCUCCAGCCCUGGGACCAACAUGGAUUCCUUGGUUCCAGUAUAUCUUUAUCUCUGUCUGACUGGAUAAUUUGAGACGAGAGUCCUGGCCAGUCAAUCUUACUCUCCCAUUAAUAAAAUAUUAAAAACUCUCUAA